AUGGCCCGAGGCGCUCGUGUCCUAGUCACUGGAGCAACAGGCUACGUCGGUGCACAGGUCGCAGAUCAAUUCCUCAAGGCAGGAUACGUUGUAGUUGGCACAUCUCGAACAGCAGCUAAAGCUCAGAAUGUCAAGAAGUAUUUUGACGACAAGUAUGGUGCUGGAAAAUUCGAAGUGUAUGAAACCGGUGAUCUCGUAAAGGAUGGUGCUUUCGAUGGUGCUGUGAAGGAUGUCGAUGCAAUCGCUCACGUUGCAUCUCCUGUUAUUUUCAACGCCGUAGAUCCCAUCAAAGAAGUCAUCGAGCUCGCUGUCAGUAGCACCUUGAGCCUUCUAAACUCUGCCCUGAAAUACGGAAAAAACGUUAAACAUGUUGUCGUGACAUCAAGCGUUGCAAGCAUUGCCGAUGGUAAAGCUUCGCCCGAUCACGUAUUCACUGAAGCAGACUGGAACGAUGUAGCUUUCCAAAGUGUGCUUCAGCAAAAGGAAAGUGGCCAACCUAUUCACCCCUUCGUUGCGUACGUUGCCAGCAAGAACGAAGCAGAGCGUGCUAUUUGGCGCUUCAAGGAGGAGAAGAAACCCUCUUUCGCAAUUUCUACUAUUCUACCUUCCUUCGUCUAUGGACCCAUGCUUCCUCCACCAGCCACCGUGCAAGAAGUACAGGCGAAUACCACGGCCAAAGAAAUCGUGUUCUACUAUUCCGGCGAAAACCAGGAUCCUUCAAAGGACCUCGGACUCAACGUAUUCGUCGAUGUCACUGAUGUUGCUCUUGCUCAUGUCCGUGCCAUUGAGCGAGCCGACAAGUCCGAUGGACAACGCUACUUGUUGAGCAGCGGUACUUUCACUUUCCAGCAGGCAGCCGACAUCUUGCGCGAGGCCUUCCCAGAGCGACAGAAUAUCAUUGCCAAGGGACAGCCUGGACAGAAGACUCCUGACAAUAAGUUCGACAGUAGCAAAUCCGUUCGCGAGCUUGGAAUUGAGUAUAAGAAUUUCAAAGCUACGGUUUUGGACACCGUCGAUAGCGUCAAGCAUCUUUAUAAGCUUUAG